AUGCUGCUAGAAACCGAGCUCAGUGGAGACCGAGAUCGGCAACAGGCCUCCAUGGCCGCUGCUGCCUGCAGCUUUGGCAGGGCUCUGCAGCAGCUGACACUCCACGGCCAACAUCCCAGUGCGCCCAGCACCCGGCUCACCGGCUUGUGCACCCUGGCCCUGUCCUCUGACGUUGUCACCAAGCCUCCCAGACCCGGCUCUCAAGCGGCGGUGGGACGCGGCUCCCUCCCGAACGGUCCUCCCGGGACCCUCAGCCUUCCCGCACUCGAGCACGCCUGGAGCCCAGGCCUCCGCCCGCGGCCCGCAGCGCGGGGCAGGAAGCUUCGGGGCCCGGACGCGCGUAGCCAGCGGACGCCCGCGGCGCGUCUCAGCGACCCCCGGCCCCGCCCCGCGCCGCGGCCCCGCCUCCCGCCGCUCCGCCCUCCGCGCGGCCUGAGGCUCCGGGCCCCAGGGCGGCCCGCGGGCGCAGCGCCCAGCAGCGCGGGGAAUAGCUCGGACACCGGCCUGGGGCCCCGGAAGCCGUGGCCUCCCCGGGCCGCGGGAAAGUUCGGGGCCGGAGAGCCGCGGCGCCAGGCGACGGGACCCAUGGAGGCGCGCGGGGAGCUGGGCCCGGGCCGCGAGUCGGCGGGCGGCGACCUGCUGCUGGCGCUUCUGGCGCGGAGGGAGGACCUGCGCCGAGGACCCUUCCGGAGGAAAGACCCCAGCUCCUGCCGCACCAGUCCUGCCCCCGCGGCUCCCUCCCACGCUUUGGCUCUGGAGAAGGGCAAUCGCCAGUCCUUCUCCCAGGCUUCGUCGCCUGCGGGACCACAGGAUGGAGACAGAGGCGGGCCUGGCCGCGUGGGGAGUCCACCAGAUCUAGGCCGGCUGCGCUCGCCCUUCUGCCGGCGCCGCCAGCGAGGGCCCCCCGCCCACCCCAACCCCCGGAGCAGGGCACCUCCCCACGCUCCACUGGCGCUGGGGCCGCAGUUUGGUCCGAUGCGGGACCGCAUCCUCAGCGAGUUUCCUGCUGCUGGGCGAGGGAGGAAGGGGACUCCAGUGCUCCCACUCCGUGCGGUGCCUCUGACCUCGGUGGCUCCUUGGCCUGCAGAAAUCCCGCUGUGUGCAGGCUGCGACCAGCACAUCCUGGACCGCUUCAUCCUCAAGGCACUGGACCGCCACUGGCACAGCAAGUGUUUGAAGUGUACUGACUGCCACGCGCCCCUGGCCGAGCGCUGCUUCAGCCGCGGGGAGAACGUCUACUGCAAGGACGACUUCUUCAAGCGAUUCGGAACCAAGUGCGCCGCGUGCCAGCUGGGCAUCCCGCCCACGCAGGUGGUGCGCCGCGCCCAGGACUUCGUGUACCACCUGCACUGUUUCGCCUGCGUCGUGUGCAAGCGGCAGCUGGCCACGGGGGACGAGUUCUACCUCAUGGAAGACAGCCGACUCGUGUGCAAGGCGGAUUAUGAGACGGCCAAGCAGCGCGAGGCCGAGGCCACGGCCAAGCGGCCACGCACGACCAUCACGGCCAAGCAGCUGGAGACGCUGAAGAGCGCCUACAACACGUCGCCCAAGCCCGCGCGCCACGUGCGCGAGCAGCUCUCGUCGGAGACCGGCCUGGACAUGCGCGUAGUGCAGGUGUGGUUCCAGAACCGCCGCGCCAAGGAGAAGCGGCUCAAGAAGGACGCGGGCCGGCAGCGCUGGGGCCAGUACUUCCGCAGCAUGAAGCGUGCCCGCGGCGGCCCCAAGUCGGACAAGGACAGCGUGCAGGAGGAGGGGCAGGACAGCGACGCCGACGUCUCGUUCACGGAUGAGCCAGCCGUGGCCGAAAUGGGCCCUGCCAAUGGCCUCUACGGAAGCCUGGGGGAGUCCACCCCGGCCUUGGGCAGGCCUGUGGGAGCCCCAGGCAGCUUCCCACUGGAGCACGGAAGCCUGGCCGGCCCGGAGCAGUACCGCGAGCUGCGCCCCGGCAGCCCCUAUGGUGUCCCUCCAUCACCAGCUGCCCUGCAGAGCCUCCCUGGCCCCCAGCCCCUUCUCUCUGGCUUAGUAUACCCGGAUGCCAGCUUGGGCCUGGUGCCCGCGGGGGCCCCAGGUGGGCCCCCGCCCAUGAGGGUGCUAGCGGGAAACGGACCCAGCUCCGACCUGUCCACAGGGAGCAGCGGGGGCUACCCCGACUUCCCUGCCAGCCCCGCCUCCUGGCUGGAUGAGGUGGACCACGGCCAGUUCUGACCGAGGCCCCCGGCUCCACCGAACUCCGGA